AUGAGGCUCGAUUUUUCGGAAGAAAUGGUUGAAACGAUCGGUUCUUGUAAUGGUUUGUUCUCCCUUUAUGUUCCUAAACGCCGUGUUUUCUAUUUCUACAAUCCCUCCACCAGAGAGUGCUCCAUGGAAGUACCAAAUUAUAUGAAUGAGUACCUCAAACUCAUCCUCCUCAAAGAAAGGAAGGAUGAUUAUCCAAUUGAAGGAGAAGGUUUCGGGUAUGCUCCGUCAAUUGAUGACUACAAAAUGUAUGAAGAGAAUCUCAUUGGAAGUGGGACUCCUCUCAAUGGCGCUCUACACUGGUUGCCUUAUUCCCGUGAUAAUGGAUAUUCAAUUGUUUCAUUCGAUUUGGUGGAAGAGAAGUUUAUAAGGUUUCCUCCUCUUCCUGAUUAUUUUCAAUCUGUUAUCCCUAUUCUUGAUGUUGUUGAUGGCUGCCUUUGCAUGCUGGUAACUAAGGGAAAACUUAAUUAUGAACUUUGGAAGAAUGAAAAUAAUGUUUAUGAAAUUUGGGUGAUGAAAGAAUAUGGGGUGGUAGAUUCUUGGACUCGAAUUUUUAUAUCAAAAGAACAUCCUCAGAAACCAACUCUAAAUCUAUGUUUAAAUAGAGGAAUGGCAUUCUUCUUGAAAGAUGGUGAUGGAAACCCAAUUUUAUGCUAUCAAGAAAUUGAUGGAACUUGGACGGAGGUUAAGGUUGUUGGCCUUCCAGCUCCAAAUUUUUGCUGUGUGCUUGUGUUUACAGAAAGCCUUGUAUCACCCAAUUGGUAUAUCAGUAAAGGUAGCAGUGAUUCUUAG